GACUGUAAUACAAAUAAAAUAUUAUAAAUAAUCAAAGAAACGUUUAAAAAAAAAUGAACAAAUAGGGUCAUGAAAAUGCUACCAAGUGUAAUAUUGGCAAAUGUUAACAUUUAUAAACUAUAAGGUAUCUCACUAGCAAAUGCUACAAACACCAGCAGUUGCAGUCGGAUAUGCUCUUUCCUCUACAGUACGACAGGCUACUGGUUUGGUUGUAUAUGUUGAGUAGUGGGUGAUUUCGGACACAGCCCUUGUUUGCCACCGUUCUAUCCCAUAAUCGGUCGAGUACAUUUGUGGCAUCUCAGGCUGCCACCAGAAAUACCAUAUAAACGGCGAAAGAUGCCGUGGCAUCUGAGGAAAAAUCGUUGGCAUCAACCUGCCACCCGCAUCACUGCAUCACUGCCACUGCUAAUGGGGCAGAUGCCGUGGCAUCUCAACCUGCCACUAAAAAUGCCACUGCUAACGUGGCAGAUGCCGUGGCAUGUCAACCUGCUGUCACUCACAGUUUGCGCACUCCAGUAGGCUUUUCAUAUUUCUAUUGAUAAGAUUUUUCCCAUGAAUUUCAUUUGACAUUCCUAUACCAGCUUUUCCGAAAUAGCAUAUUUAUUCAUUUCAACCGCGAGUCUGUGGAUACACAUGGGUUGACAUUUGCGUAAAGAUACGCACAUUUUCCCGUCAAGUUCGACAUUGAUAAAUGCCUACCUUUGCGUCAAAACUGACGUACGCAUGGUUUACACCCAUAUAUACAUGAGGCCCAUGGAGAGGAGAUGUGCCUGGGUUACAGUGCGUCAAUAAGCAACCGGGAAAGUGAGCCGAUUCCCCUACCUAAGCCUUAGCAAAUUAACAAGGUUAGUCUGAGAUUUGAGGAGAUUUUUCUUCAUUAAAAGAAAGAUGAUGACAUUUUUAAAAUAUAGUUCCCAUUUGGAAAGCGUUUCAGGAUGGAUGAGAGGAAGUUAUUCAAUAGCAUUUACAUUUACCUCCAGCAGGGUGUAGCAUUUUUAGACUUGCCACCGUACCUAUAGCAACGACUACAACAACAAAAAGAAUUAAUGUUACAGCUCAGACUUGGGAUAAUUGAAAGUGACACCAAAUGUUCCUUCAGUUGUUGGUAGCUAAUUCGUCUAGCUAGGAAAAAUGAGUCAAGUCCGUAACCUACCUGAAAAUCCAGAGGAGAGAAUUGCAGCCCGUCGUCUCCGGAUAGUUGCUCGAAGUAAAGCCAAUAAAAGAGAAGAUGGAGUUGACGCCGUUGAUAAUGUAACAAAAGAGGAGCCCAGGAAAAGCCAGGAGCAAGUGGAACUGAGUGAGAAGCGCAUGAUAAACCUGCAUAGAGACGGGACCGAGUUGGUCACCAACAUCCAGGUAGCAGCGGAUGCUAGGGAGUCCCAGCGGCGGGCAGAAAUGUACGAGGCAGGCAGACUCAGGGUGGAGAAAUUGGAAAAUGAGGCAAAGUCAAGCCUAGAGAAGUUUGAGGAGAUCACCAGGAAAUGGACAGAGGCCAAGAUGAAGGAAAUCCCCCAGGAUCUGAGAGACUGUCUAAACAGCCAGCAGCAACUGUGUGCCCAGAUCAUAGAGGACAAAAACAAACUAAUCCACGAGCUGCAGCAGGAGGUAAAGUUAAGUGACGACCGCUACGUCAAAAAUCUGAAGAAGCAGGCAGAAGAUAUAGACCUGAUAAUUGAGAGGAUGGAGGACCAGGCCAAGUUCUUGAUGAGCUCCCUCAGGGAUGAACUGGUCCAGAUUGAGAAUUCCUUUGAGCAGGAGCGGAAGAUUCUAUUGACGGGGAACAGGAAAAAAUGGGAACAGCACACAGAGGAGCGCCGUCACAAAGAGAUGGAGAAUGUUAUGCAGAGGAUGAGGAGAAUGGAGGAGUAUGAGGAGUCACUGCAGCAGCUGAGGACAACUGAUGCAGAGGAGUACAACAUGAUAAAGUUCAAACUUGACACAGAUGUUCAGGUUCUCCAGCAGAAGCUGCAGCAAACGAAGGCUACGUUCCAGCUGAAUCAGGAGAAGCUUGAUUAUAACUUACAGGUGAUGAAAAAGAGAGAUGAAGAGAACACCAUCAUUAAGUCCCUGCAGAAGAAAAAAAUCACCAGACUGCAGGAUGUUGUGAGCAGCCUGAAGAUCAAAUGUGCUAAUGAAGAAAAGCUGUCUAGGGAAGAGAACCAGAAGCUCACUGAAGACUACACACGCAACAUGCAGCAGUACAAAGACAUGCAGCAGAAGAUGAGGCACUUUGCGGCUAUCGACGCCAAGAAGUUUGAGGAGGUUUGGCUGAUGAACGAGGAGGAGGUCAAGGCGCUGGUGACGAAAACCUUGGACACGGACCGGUUAAUCCAUGAACAGCUGCUGGGUCUGGCUUGGCAGCGCCCUCCGAUGGCCUUCAUGGAGCGCUGUGGACCCUUAAAGAACCAGAGACAGGCCCAGAACACAGCACGCCAGACUGCCGCUGAGCUGCUCCAGCCUGUGGGGACCAGUCCAUGUUGCCUGGGGAAUUACAAGGAGGCUAGUGCUGGGCCUGGAUAUACGUGUGAAUCAGGAGUAGGGCAGGAGAGCAGGAGCAGCAAGGCCGAUAAGACUGGAAAUGGGGGGAAGAACAGCGGGACAGUGUCGAUCAAGACAGUCAAGAAGCUCCUGGAGCUGCUCUGCGACGAGGCGGGUUUUUUGAUAGAGAGUAAACUUCUCAAGCUCCUCUCUCCACUGGAGAAGGACGAACAGUGUCUCAUGAAGAUGGACUCCAUCUUCACUGCCCUGGGAAUAGAGAGCCAGGAAGAUGUGCAAAAGCUGGUUAAUUUUUUUAUGGAAUACUGGCAGCUGCAAGGGGAUCUGGCCCAGGAUGUGUCUGCCGGAGGUGGAGGCGGGGGCAGUCCUCAGGAGGAGGCAGGGGAGUGGACCUCUGACCUAAUGAACCCCAAUGAUGUUCUUGUGGCCCUGAAGAGCUUCACUGCCUGUCACUGCCGGCAUAGGGACGUGGUUGCCCCUCAAGGUGCUAAUAUGCUGGCUCUAGGAGGGAGAGAUGACUCUGAAGAUGCAGCCUACUGGAAGUCCAUGGCUGACGUCAUCCCAGAGGCCAAGGUCAAGGUCUGGGACGCCCUGGAGACAGCACUCAACAAAUAUCAUACUGUUCUGAUGGAUAGGUGCAAGCUCAUCAAAGACACACAGAGUCUGAAACAACAGAAUGCAGAGCUACGGAUGCUGCUGCACCAACAUGCCAACUCCAGGGUCAGUGCUUAGCUGGAGAUCCCGCCCACUAAGGUGAAGCAGUUGGCUCCUGAGGGAACAAGCUGACCACUCAGGAAGAGCCCACACAAACCCACAGUGCAGUGUACAUUUUUCUAUAUUUAAUUAUGAAAAUAUCUUCUUUAACUUAGAAAUUUAUAUUCAAGAAGAUAUUUAAGGUUUUAAAAUGGGAGUAUUACCUUUGAUUAAAUCAAAAGGCCUGAGUAGGUGUGGUGUAUGGCCAAUAUAUGGUGCCCUCCAUGAAUAUUGGGACAGAAAAGUCCCAGUACACUCUAAGCCUAUUACAAUACAAUUAAAGGUAAAUGAGGCAGGAAUAGACAGACUUGAGGCAAGAGUACAGACAGCUUUUACUGUACAUUGGUAGCCAAGAUGUUUCUGUACUCUGAAUUCAUUGUGCUACUGCCAUCAUUUGUUACAUAAUCAAUAAAGAUGUCUGUUCCAGAGGCAGUCAUGCAUGAUCAUGCCAUGACACUACUUCCCCCAUGCUUCACAGAUGAGGUGGUAUCCUUUGGCUGAAGGAACCGAUAAAUUUCAAUUCUAUAUUUAUUUACAUAUUCAAUGAUUCUUCAUUCUUUUAACUUAUUUAUUAUAGACAUGUAUACCUAUGUACAUA